UGUCAUCUGACAUGCAUCCCCUCUGUCUCUCAAUCCCUCUCCAUCCGUCCCUCUCUCAUGAUGAGAUGGAUGAUGAUGAUGAACGUGCGUGAGGGACAGAGAGAGAGAGGGAGGGAGGGAGGGAGGGAUAAUACCUUCUGAAUACAUGAUGAAUGUAGUCAUCAGGCUUAAACUGACCGGGGGGGCGAGUGGCACACGGGGACCGAGAGCGUGCAUGUGAGUGACACCGAGCACCAUCAUCAACUCUCCCCUGCAGCCGCUCUCAGUCUCUCCAUCCUCCUCCUGCAGAGAGACACUGGGAAUCAGGCAACAGACAAGACAAGUAAAAAAAAAAAAAAAGGAGGAUAAGAAAUUGCUUUCCUAUCUCUACUGAUUUUUGUUUAUUAAACUGAGUUACCAGAGGCAGCAGGACAGAGGUAGCACGUGCAGAAGUGCAUGUCCUAAGCUGCCAUUUUUCCUAAGCAACAGCAUCAGUGCGCAAAACCUGAGGAAGAGAGAGGACGCUGAGCGACAUGACGGACUGCGAGGAGGGAGAGGGGGGACCCAACAGCCAGGGCGAUGGGCACCCCAAAGAGAGCAGUCCCUUCAUCAACAGCAGUGCAGCCACAGAUGCAGAGAAGAGCCAGCAGUAUGACGGCAAGAAUAUGGCUCUGUUUGAGGAAGAGAUGGAUACCAGUCCAAUGGUCUCCUCUCUGCUCAGCAGUCUGGCCAACUACUCAAACCUCCCGACGGGAAGCAAAGAGCAUGAAGAGGCUGAGAACAACGAGGAGGGUGCACGUCCGUCUAAAAAACCUGUAAAGGCUCCACAGUUGGGCACUCUCAUGGGAGUGUAUUUGCCAUGUAUCCAGAACAUUUUUGGGGUGAUCCUCUUCCUGCGGAUGACAUGGAUGGUUGGGAUCGGAGGCGUCUUUGGCUCCUUCAUAAUCGUCUUCAUGUGUUGCUCCACAACAAUGCUUACAGCCAUCUCCAUGAGUGCCAUUGCAACAAAUGGAGUCGUACCAGCUGGAGGUUCAUAUUAUAUGAUAUCUCGCUCCCUGGGGCCUGAGUUUGGUGGAGCUGUUGGGAUCUGCUUCUACUUAGGCACCACUUUUGCAGGUGCCAUGUACAUACUUGGCUGUAUUGAGAUUCUGCUGAUUUACAUCAUUCCUCAGGCGGCCAUCUUCAAGAUCGAGGGUCUCGAAGGGCCAGAUGCUGAGCUGGCUCUCCUCAACAACAUGCGGGUGUACGGCACCCUGGUGCUGAGCUUGAUGGCACUGGUGGUAUUUGUGGGAGUCAAAUAUGUGAACAAGCUAGCACUGGUCUUCCUGGCCUGCGUCAUCCUCUCCAUACUGGCUGUUUAUGCUGGAGUCAUCAAGACUGCGGUCGACCCCCCAGUUUUCCCCGUCUGCCUCUUGGGUAAUCGAACUCUUCUCUCAAAAGUAUAUGACGUCUGUGCAAAGGUCAUUGAAAUAGAUAAUGAGACCGUUACCACCAAACUGUGGAGUUCCUUCUGUGAUUCUGAUUCCCUCAACGCCACUUGUGAUGACUACUUUGCCAACAACAACGUCACAGAGAUACAGGGCAUCCCCGGGGUCACGAGUGGCAUCCUGGCAAAGAACCUGUUUGGUAACUACUUGGAGAAAGGGGUGAUUAUUGAGCAGCGCGGGCUUGCAUCAGAUGCAGAUCCAGACAGUCCAUCACCCACCUCCAACCGCUACGUCCUGGCAGAUAUUACCAGCUUCUUCACGCUGCUGGUCGGGAUAUACUUUCCAUCCGUCACAGGUAUUAUGGCGGGCUCCAACCGCUCUGGAGACCUGCGUGACGCUCAGAAGUCGAUCCCCAUUGGCACAAUCGCCGCCAUCACCACCACAUCUACUGUGUACAUGUCUUGUGUGGUGCUGUUCGGGGCCUGUAUUGAAGGAGUAGUCUUAAGAGAUAAGUUUGGUGAAGGGGUUAACGGUAACCUGGUGAUUGGGACUCUGGCGUGGCCUUCUCCAUGGGUCAUUGUGUUUGGCUCCUUCUUUUCAACGUGCGGAGCCGGUCUUCAGAGUCUGACUGGGGCGCCACGUCUCCUGCAGGCCAUCUCUCGGGACGGCAUCAUCCCAUUUUUAAGAGUGUUUGGGCACGGCAAAGCCAACGGGGAGCCCACAUGGGCCCUUCUGCUCACAGCUAGCAUUUGUGAGAUUGGCAUCAUCAUUGCCUCCCUGGAUGCCGUCGCACCCAUCCUCUCCAUGUUCUUUCUGAUGUGCUACAUGUUUGUAAAUCUUGCCUGUGCUCUGCAAACAUUGCUGAGGACACCAAACUGGAGGCCACGCUUUAAGUUCUACCACUGGGCUUUGUCUUUCUUGGGUAUGAGCCUGUGCCUGUCGCUCAUGUUCAUCUGCUCCUGGUAUUACGCCAUAGUAGCCAUGGGCAUCGCCACCUGCAUCUACAAAUACAUUGAGUUCUGUGGAGCUGAGAAGGAGUGGGGUGAUGGGAUACGAGGUAUCUCUCUCAGCGCUGCACGCUUUGCUCUCAUGAGGUUGGAGGAGGGACCGCCACACACCAAGAACUGGAGGCCUCAGAUCCUGGUUCUGGUGAGUGUGGACGCUGAGCAGAACGUAGAACAGCCUCGCCUGAUCUCUCUGACCAAUCAGCUGAAAGCAGGGAAGGGUCUGACCAUCGUUGGCACCUCAGUCCAAGGAACAUUCCUCGACAAUUACACUGAGGCCCAGAGGGCAGAUCAGUCUUUGCGGAAGUUGAUGGAGACCGAGAAGGUGAAGGGCUUCUCUCAGGUGGUCAUCUCCUCCAAUCUGAGAGACGGGACGUCCCACCUGAUCCAGAUUGGAGGACUGGGAGGUCUGAAGCACAACACUGUGAUGGUCAGCUGGCCCCGAAACUGGAAACAGCCUGAAUACCACCAGCAGUUCAGGAACUUUAUUGAGACGGUUCGAGAGACAACUGUUGCCAGUUUGGCUUUGUUAGUUCCUAAGAAUAUCGCUGCCUACCCAUCCAACGGAGAGCGCUUCACCGAAGGUCACAUAGAUGUGUGGUGGAUCGUCCAUGAUGGAGGCAUGUUGAUGCUUCUGCCCUUCCUGCUGCGACAGCAUAAGGUGUGGAGGAAGUGCAAGAUGCGCAUUUUCACUGUCGCUCAAAUGGAUGACAACAGCAUCCAGAUGAAGAAAGACCUCAUCACCUUCCUCUAUCACCUGCGCAUCGAUGCUGCGGUGGAGGUGGUGGAAAUGCAUGACGGUGACAUCUCAGCCUACACCUAUGAGAAGACACUAGUGAUGGAGCAGCGAUCUCAGAUCCUCAAACAGAUGCAUCUGACCAAGAACGAGAUGGAGAGAGAGAUCCAGAGCAUUACGGAUUCAUCCCGUGGGUCCAUUCGGCGUAAAAACACGCCUGGCAUGCGUUCACAGCACAGUGCUGAGGAGGGAGCCAGCCUGGCAGAGAAACCAGAAGACGAGUCUGUGGCUGUCUCCAACCCAAAACAGGUACAACUGAUCCACAAUAAGAACGCGUCCACACCCACCAGCCCAACCAGCCCCACGUCUCCGGCUGGGCCUGCAGGGGCCGCCGCUACUUGGACGGACAACAAAGGUGCAGACAAGGGGACGGCCCUUCUAUCACCGGGCCCAGAGCCCGGCAAAGACCUCUUCAACAUGAAACCGGAAUGGGAGAACUUGAACCAGGUCGAUGUGAGGCGGAUGCACACAGCCAUGCGGCUCAAUGAGGUCAUCACAAAGAAGUCCAAGGAGGCCAAACUUGUCCUGCUCAACAUGCCCGGACCACCCAAGAAUCGCAUGGGCAAUGAAAACUACAUGGAGUUCCUCGAGGUUCUCACUGAGGGUCUCAAUCGGGUCCUUCUAGUGCGCGGAGGUGGACGCGAGGUCAUCACCAUCUACUCCUGAAGGGCUUUUAAAGGCCACUUCAUGGACUGUGCCCUUUCUUCCUCCCUCUGUUACCAUCAUCUCUUGAUUUAACCUUUAACCUGAGUACACAAAGAGUUAUGCAACAGUCAACUCUUUGUUCUGGACUCGUCAGCUGAUAACAGCAGAUUAGUUUAUGGCUACUUUUAAAAUGUAACUUACUCUGACAGAAGGUUUUCAAACAUUUUCAAACAUUUCUUUCCCUUUUCUAAUGUUAACUCUCAGCUUUCUGUCCUUUUGCUUUGUUUCUCCCUGCUCGACUGUACAAGAGGACUGAUUUUUCUUUCAUCAGUUUUUCUUAUUUCACUGUUAUUUAUAAUUUACGUUAUUUAUGUAUUUAUUCAUCUAAUCAUGUCUGUCUUUGUCCCGGUCUGUUUUUGUCUGGCUGGAAGCACUCAAGUAAUAAAUUAGAGUGCUGGUAAUGAUAUUAAUUCAUAGUGGAAAUGUCAAUAUGUACAUACAAAAUGAAGAGAAGGGAAAAUAGAUUUAAUAUUAGUUUGCACUCAUUUUAGCACCCUCGGUCAAACGCUACACCGUCUGUGUAAAUGCAGGGACAGUAUGUGUGAUUUAUGUUGACGCCCCGAUCGUGAACAAACUGAGAACUACAGUACGACGGCUUGUCCUUGUUGUGGUCGGGAUUUAUCUGUUUAUUUAUGUAUUUAUCAGCAUCACUCUCUCAUUGAAGAGGGCCUGACAGAAAUUAGAAAAUCUAAAUAAAAUGAUUUGAUGCAGACUACCCAGAUCUCAAACCUGAUUGUUUGACCUCAUUACCCCCCACAGUUGGACAGGGAUCGUAUAGACUGAAUGGAAUCACCGAAAUGACAUGCUGCAAUAAAAAGCCUUUUAAACUCGAUCUAAAGAAAAACUGAUACUGAUAUAGACGUUGUGCUGGUUGAUCAGGGAGCACUGGGAUCUUAAUUUUAAAAAUAUUUUGAGUAAAUGCCUCAGAAUGUAAAAAAAGAGCAUUUUGUAAGUAAGUAUUUUGCACAUGAUACAAAAAAGUUUCCAUAAACAGUGUUUCUCUGUCACGUGAGGUGAUCCUCUUCACAACUAAACCCAACCACUUUCUGAAUAUUUACAACAAAAUGUGCCAAUAGAUAUAUAUAUAUAUAUAUUUUAAAAAGGAAAUGUAAACUCUUAAGUAGAAUAUAGAUGUAAAAUUAUGACAGUUUUCAGACCAGACAUCUAUACAAAUAUAAAAAUAUAAAGUGUUUAGGAGAAAAUUAUUAAAUCAAGGAUUUUAUUUAGUUCUGUAAAAAUUAUUUGUUGUGAUUGUAAACAGAUAUUUUACAAUUUAAUAGAAAAAUAUAUAUGAUAUUUCAUAGUGACGUUUUAUCUUUAAGAAUGUAUUUUUCUAUCUUGUCAGAAAAAAAGGUAAGCAUAAUUUUAUUAUGGAAAUAUAAUGAAAGCUAUUUUAUGUAUGGUGAUUGCACAAUAUUAAAGGAGUAGCUUUACAUUUUGGGACAUUUGCUCGUUUUGAUUUUCUUGCAGAAUAUUAGAUGAGAAGAUCGAUACCACACAACCAGCUGGAGCCAAAAGUCAGUUAGCUUGAAACAGCUAGCAUGGUUGUGUCCAAAGGUACCAAAACUCGCCUACCAGGACUUCUAACUCAUUAAUUUAUAUGUAAGCUUUAUGUCCAUUAACAAAAGGCAGACAAUAUGUUAAUUUGUGAGCUUUAUAGAUGUCUUUUGUUAUCUUUUCAUCUAGCUAAACUAGCUUGUUUUGGUCGCUACAAACAUGGCUGACACUGUCCUGAGAUCUCCUUUAAAGUAUCUAGUUUCGUCAUGCUGUCACAUGUUUACUAGUAGUCUUCCCUUAUCAAAGGUUUCCAGUGGUUUCGCACUUGCAAAUGUUGAAACACAGAGCUGAGCGGCUGUUUCUUUCUAAUGCUAGGCUAAGUUGCUGCUAGCCGUAGCCUCGUAUGACCCACACAGGUAGGACAGUGGUAUCAAUCUCUGACGCUCUGCAGGAAAGCGAAUAAGUCCAUUUCUUAAAGCUUCAGAUUUCUUGAAGUAUUCAUUUCCUGCUAGACUUACUGCACGCCAUUUGAACAUGUAAAAUGAUUAGCUGUGAAACUUAUUAGGCAGACACAGAAUGACACAGACGAUAGAGACUGUUUGAGGAAUCUUCGAAGGUGCGUAUUUAACAGCUACAGCGUGAUUUAUGCAUUAAGUUCUCCUGCAGUACUUCUCAGACAUCUUUUGUGUGUGUGAGUGUGUGUGGAGAGAGUGUGUGUAUACGAUCAAUAUUUAGUUUCUAUCUGUGUGUGGUUCAGUCAUACAACAUGAACAUUUAAGAGGACAUGACCAAUGAGAGUCUGGGCAGUGUACUUUAAUCAUGCCCAAUGUACCUAUGUAUACUGUAGUUUAGUUUAUCAUCCUCUUCCCUCUUGGGCCUAUUGGUGCCAUGAUGUACUUUACAUCAAUUUCUAGCAAACAGAAAAAUCAUUAGGAUUCAGUAUCUUUUCCAGGAAGUCAUGAGGCUUGUAAAGAUCCUUUAGAUUUGUGGUACGUAUUAUUUUCAGCACUGUAGCAUAAACAGGACCUCACAGCUCAAACACAUAUGAAGUCUUUUUUUAUUUUUUUCUUGGUAAAUAUCUGUGCAGCCCUCGGUGUUUCCCUCAUAAGUCUAAAAAUUGUGAGUGCAGAUCAUUAGCUACAACAGAAUCUAUAGUUACCUUUGACUUGAAAGAAGAUGGUUUACGGGUUGAUCUAUCGGUCACAAGCUCUUCUGCAGACCUCACUCUGAAAGAGAGAGAGAGAGAGAGUGAGUGUGUGUGUGUGUGUGUAUGGGUGGGUGGGUGUGUGUCUGCGUGUGUGUGUUGUGACUACAUGCCUGUUUGCUGCAUGUUCGUGUGUGGACCUGAUACUUAUUUGAGCACGGGCAAUGUAUGUAUUUGAACAGCGAGAUGGAUCGACGAAGGGACAUUUGUGGAUAGAUGUGUGAUUGUAGGCUUAGAGAAACACGUGUACUAUGUGUUGACAUGGGUUUUAUAGAUAUGAAAUAGGCCGUUUGUAUUGUCUUUCAAUUGUUCAAUUGUUUUACCAUGUGUUAUGCAACUAUGUACGAGUAAUGGUUUCAGGAAACCAUUUUAUAUGUCGGCACUAAAUGCAAUAAAUUAAAGUCAUUUUAU